AUGAAACCAGAUGAAGAUAAGGGAAAGAAGGAUGAAAAUGAAACACAUGAUGAAAUACAAGCCAAUGACUCAAAAGUAGAUGAAUUAGAUGAAAAGAGGUCAAUCAAUUCGAAUGGAGAGGAAGAUGUGAAAAUUCUACCAGAACCAACUCAAGAAAUACAAAUAAUUGAAUCAAACGACGCUAAAGAAGAACUAAUACAGGAGAAUAUUGACUCAACAAGUGCAAGAAUAGAGAUAAAUGACGUUGAUUUGAAAGAUUCGAGUUUAGAAUAUAAUACAGAGCAAUCACGAGAGGGUACACAAAAUCAGUCAUCAUCAAACACGAAGGGCCAAUCUGAAAAACUCAAUGAGAAUGGAGUUGAUAAUGAUCUUGAGUCAAUUAAUGUGAUUGAAGAUCAAGCAGAGGAGGAGGAUGAGAAAUCUGAGUCCAAAAAACCUGUGAAGAAACGAUUAACAUUACAAGAAAGACUAGCACAAGCUGCCAAAGCAAAAUCAAAAAAACUGAAAUCAAUAUCACCAACACCUCAAACUCCACCACCGUCUAUAAGAGAAUCAUUUGCUACAACUACAAGAAUAGAUAAUUCAAAAUACAUUAAAGAAAUUGAAGGUUUAAAAUCACAAAUUUUCAAAUUACAAUCAACGACUACGUUUGAAAAAGAACGAAAUGAAUUAUUAUCAAAAAUAAAGGAUAAAGAUGAUACUAUAGAUCAAUUAAGGAAAGAAGGUCAUGAAUUAUCAAUAAAAGAGCUAAAAUUGAAUGAGACUAUAAAAAAAUUGAAAGCUAAUCAAGACACUUCUUUCGAAAAUAAAUUUAAUGACUUGGAUAUUGAGAUUGAAGAAAAGAAGAAGGCAAUUUCCGAGUUGAAUGAUUCUAAAACAAACUUGGAAGUUUCAAAUCAUCAAUAUAAAUUAGAUUUAAAGUCAAAAGAAGAAACUAUAAUUAAUUUGAAAAAUGAAUUGAUGGAGAAUAAGUCAGAUUAUACUAAAGAAAUAUUUAGAUUGGAAGAAAAGAUAGAGAGUUUGAGAAUUAAUCAAGAAUCAAACACUAAUGGCUCAAAUUCAGUUGAUUUCAAUGACUUUACGAAACUAAAUGAAUCACAUCAUAAUUUACAACAGCAAUAUUUGUCAUCACAAGAAAAUUGGAAAUUAAUUGAAUCUAAUUUAUUAUUAAAAAUUGACAAUCUACAAAAUUCAAUUGAUACACUAAAAAAGUUUAAAAAUAAAUUGAAUAAUGAGAAUAGCAAGUUAAUCGAGUCUUAUAAAAGUGAACAAAAUAAAGUUGAAUCAUUAAAACAGGAAAUAGAAACAUUAAAACAUGAAAAGAACACAAUAUCAACAUAUUUAAAUGAUAAGAAUGAUGAGUUUCUUGAAUUACAUGAUAAAUUUGAGAAAUUCAGAUCUAUAAAUAAUCAAGAACGUUUAAACUCAAAUUCGAAAAUUGAAAAAUUGACAAAAGAAAUUGAAAAAUUAAAUGAAUCAAACACUAUAUCAACACAUAAUCAAAAUUAUGUCAUUGAAGAAGAUCCAAUUAUCGAAUCUCCUGUAAUUAAUAAUGUAUCAAGUUUUAAUUUAUCAAGACAGCAUUCACUGAUUUCAUUUAAUGAAGAAAUGGACAAUAACUCUUCAUUUAACGGUAUACCUACAAACACAACAUCCAUGACAAACUCCAAUUUACAAUUAAUAAACAAGAUGUCAUCAAAUAUAAGAAGGUUGGAAAUUGAAUUAAAUACUUUAAAAGAUGAGUACAAUAAAAUUUCAAAUGAAAAGGAAAGUUUUGAACAGGAAUAUUUAAAAAUUAUUGAAGAGAAUAAGAUUACUAGAACUGAGAAUGAAAAGUUGAGUAAUGAAAUUGAUGAAUUGAAGAUUAAAGAAUCAACAAUGCUAGAAUUGAUUGGUGAAAAAUCAGAGUUAGUUGAAGAAUUAAGGGCUGAUGUUGCAGAUUUAAAAGAUUUAUGUAAAUUACAAGUUCAACAAUUGAUUGAAUUUCAAGAGAGUCAACAGUAA